UCUUAUGAAUUUUCAGAAGCACUAUGGACGACAUGGAUGUUGAUGAUUUAAAUGAGUCCUAUGGUGAGUUACCCCUGGAUGACGAGGAGGAGGAGAAAGCCGAGGUUCGAGAAGAAUAUAGGAAACUAAACGAUGAGAUCUGUAAACAGGAAGACGGGAUUCUCGACUCGAUAAAUCUUACUCAGUUGAUUCACAAGAAUGAUAAACUUUACGAAAAGGUUAAGACCGUCCAGCAGUCUGUGACGGAUGCAAGACUUAUCCGAGGAAUAUCCAGGUUGUGCAGGAAACAGACAGAUGAGAUGUCAGCUAAUGCAGUUCAGUUUAGGUAUCAAGAAUACGCUGAGAGAUUGGUGCGUAAAAUCAAGGGAACUAUCUCAGAGGAUGGUACUGUGAUAAUCAACAGACGUAAACUGAUCCUACUUGGUACUCAAGCUAAACCUUUGUUUAACAGAUCUCCAGUAUUAACCUAUAUGAAGGGAGCUUUAAGCCAACUUCCUCCUGUACGGAAGGAGAAGAAAGUUAGGGAGGCUAAGAAGAAACCUGAGAAGAGUGGAGAAUUGAAGAAUACUCAAGCUGUAGUGGUUGAUAAGACUGAGAAUACUGGUACACAAACUGAACAGAUGGUUGUACAUACACUCUCCUGUCUAGUAAACAUAUACAAAGAAAACCAAAGGAAACCGUUAAACUACUUCAGGUUUGUAACUGAUCCCUCCUGUUUUGGUAAAUCUAUAGAGAAUAUGUUCCACGUGAGUUUCCUAGUCAAGGAGGGUAAAGCUAAGAUUUUCCUGGAGAAUGGGUUAGCUGUGAUUAAACCUGUUAAACCUAAACGUCCCGGACACUCGGCUGCUGCUAGAGAGGACGAUAUUAAGAACCAGGUUGUGAUGAAUAUGACGAUGUAUGAUUGGGAGAGGAUGGUAUCCGUGCUGAACCUGGAUACUCCGAUGAUCCCGUCCCUGGAAAGCUUGAGAGCUCCUUCGUCUUCUCAAUCUGGGCCAAGCACACAGAGAUCAUAAUCAUUCAUACAGACUGAGCACACACACGUACAAUCUACGGAAAUAUAGUAAACUAUAGACAUAUAUUCAUAUAUUCAAUUUAUUCAUACGGAAAUUAAGGAAUAAUGGGGAAUAAGAGCUUAAAUUUGUCCCCGUUCUUCUAUUGUAUUUUUUUUCAUUCGUAUUAUUUUUAAAACUUGUUGUGAUAUGUAUAAUUUGAAGGUUUGGACAGAAUGGAAAUGUUUGAUUAAUCGAUUGAGGUUCCGCGCCAAACCAAACCUUUCCUUUCUCGCCAGCAAAACAAACAUACGUAUUUAAACAUUUUAUAUUCUUGCUUGCGAACUGGUUGGAUAUAAAUCAUGUUAAUGUAAAAUCUUUAUUGGGAAAUUCAAAUCGCAAAAUGUUUUGAAUUAAAUAAAAGAUUAUGAAAAUUUA